CGGCGGCUGACGGCGGGGAGGAAGCGCGCUCCGAAAAGUUCAAGACUACGGGCGGCCGCACGCCGCGUCGCUUCGCGUCCCUUCCUCGCCGCGCUCCAGGAAAAGGAACUUGCUCUUCUAGCAGCUAGAGACGCGAGCGUUUCCUAACGUGAGAGGGUACCGUGUGUCGAGGGGCCGGGGUGGGGAGCAGCGAGCAGGAGACGCGAGCGAGGCUGCUGGCCGAGGGCGUGGAGGGAGCGCGGAGGCGACAGACCCCGAUGCCGGCGGCCAACAUGAUGGAGAACCUGCAGUUGCCCGCCCUGCAGGUGCCCGAGCCGCAGGGCGCGCAGGAGAGCAGCCCGGUCUGGUCCAGCUCGUCUACCCCCACGCUCCGCCGCCGGCGCUUCAAGAUGCGCCGGAUGAAGAACGUGCAGGAGCAGAGCCUGGAGGCCGGGUUAGCGCAGGACCUGCCUGUUGUCUUGGCUCCUGGUAAGGAGUUCCUGCAGCUGCCGUCCAUCGAGAUUACGCCCUCCAGCGACGAGGACACCCCGUGGUCCAACUGCUCCACACCCAGCGCUUCCCCGCGCCGAAAGCGCUUCCUUCUCCGCAAGUGGCUGAGGGUGAGGGAGCGGAAGGAGUGCAGUGAAAGCAGCAGCCAGCAGAGCAGCCAGCAGAGCAGCCAUGAUGACGAUUCGAGCAGGUUCCUGAGCCCUCGAGUGCGGGAAGAAAGCACUGCUAGUAACUCCAACCGCAGCACGCCGGCCUGCUCUCCCAUCCUCCGGAAGAGGUCUCGAUCACCAACCCCGCAGAACCAGGACGGAGACACCAUGGUGGAGAAGGGCUCAGAUCAUUCCUCAGACAAGUCCCCAUCCACCCCGGAGCAGGGUGUGCAGCGCAGCUGUUCCUCACAGUCCGGCAGGAGUGGUGGCAAAAAUUCCAAGAAAAGCCAGAGUUGGUACAACGUGUUAAGCCCCACUUACAAGCAGAGAAAUGAAGACUUCAGAAAGCUCUUUAAGCAGCUUCCAGACACGGAGCGCCUCAUUGUUGAUUACUCAUGUGCACUCCAAAGAGACAUUCUUCUUCAGGGCCGACUCUACCUCUCAGAAAAUUGGAUCUGCUUCUACAGCAACAUCUUCCGCUGGGAAACUCUGCUGACAGUCCGUUUGAAAGAUAUCUGCUCCAUGACAAAAGAAAAAACAGCUCGCCUCAUCCCCAAUGCUAUCCAAGUUUGCACUGAUUCAGAAAAGCACUUUUUCACUUCUUUUGGGGCCCGGGAUAGAACCUAUAUGAUGAUGUUCCGGCUCUGGCAGAAUGCUCUCCUUGAGAAGCCCUUGUGCCCCAAGGAGCUCUGGCACUUUGUACACCAGUGCUAUGGGAAUGAGCUGGGCCUGACCAGUGACGACGAGGACUACGUGCCCCCUGACGAGGACUUCAACACGAUGGGCUACUGUGAGGAGAUCCCUGUAGAAGAGAAUGAAGUGAAUGACAGCUCUUCCAAAAGCAGCAUCGAGACCAAGCCAGACGCCAGCCCACAGCUGCCCAAGAAAUCCAUCACCAACAGCACCCUGACAUCCACUGGAAGCAGCGAAGCCCCCGUAUCGUUUGAUGGCCUGCCCCUGGAGGAGGAGGUGUUGGAGGGCGAUGGGACUCUGGAGAAAGAGCUUGCUAUUGACAACAUCAUCGGGGAAAAGAUUGAGAUCAUCGCGCCAGUGAACUCCCCUUCAUUGGACUUCAAUGACAAUGAGGACAUCCCCACCGAGCUUAGUGACUCUUCAGACACUCAUGAUGAAGGGGAGGUCCAGGCCUUCUAUGAAGACCUGAGUGGCCGGCAGUACGUGAAUGAGGUUUUCAACUUCAGUGUGGACAAGCUGUAUGACCUUCUCUUCACCAACUCGCCCUUCCUGAGGGAUUUUAUGGAGCAGCGGAGAUUCUCUGAUAUCAUCUUCCAUCCAUGGAAAAAGGAAGAGAAUGGAAACCAGAGCCGAGUGAUUCUUUAUACCAUCACCCUUACCAAUCCCCUAGCUCCCAAAACUGCCACUGUCAGGGAGACACAGACCAUGUACAAGGCAAGCCAGGAAAGCGAAUGUUACGUGGUAGACGCGGAAGUCCUCACCCACGACGUGCCCUACCACGACUACUUCUACACCAUCAAUCGCUACACGCUCACUCGCGUAGCCCGGAACAAGAGUCGACUCAGGGUCUCUACAGAGCUGCGAUACCGAAAACAGCCCUGGGGGUUAGUAAAAACCUUUAUCGAGAAGAACUUCUGGAGUGGGCUGGAGGACUACUUCCGCCAUUUAGAGAGUGAGUUAACCAAAACGGAGAGUACCUACCUGGCUGAGAUGCACAGACAGUCUCCCAAGGAGAAGGCCAGCAAGCCCCAGACCGUGCGGAGGAGAAAGCGUCCCCAUGCCCACCUGCGGGUACCUCACCUGGAAGAGGUAAUGAGCCCCGUCACCACACCCACCGAUGAAGAUGUGGGCCACAGGAUCAAGCACGUGGCAGGUUCCACGCAGACACGACAUAUCCCCGAAGACACUCCCAACGGUUUCCACCUGCAGAGUGUGUCUAAGCUGCUGCUGGUUAUCAGCUGUGUUCUGGUGCUGCUGGUCAUCCUUAACAUGAUGCUCUUCUACAAGCUCUGGAUGUUGGAAUACACCACCCAGACCCUUACUGCCUGGCAGGGUCUAAGGCUCCAAGAAAGGGGUCUGGGAGCACAGGAGAGUCCGCUGAGCAUAACUCCAGCUGCUGGGGCACCCCUUCUUCUACCCCACAGGUUACCCCAGUCUCAGACAGAAUGGGCCCAGCUCUUAGAGUCCCAACAAAAGUACCAUGAUACUGAGCUCCAAAAGUGGAGGGAGAUCAUCAAAUCCUCAGUGAUGCUCCUAGACCAGAUGAAGGACUCACUCAUCAAUCUUCAGAACGGCAUCAGGUCCCGGGACUACACAUCCGAAAGCGAAGAGAAGAGGAACCGUUAUCAUUGACAAGGCAGGAACAGGGGUGGCUGCAAGAGGCCUGUGCAAUACAUGUACAUAGACCCUAUAAAUAUAUAUAUAUAAAUAUAUAUAUAUACAGAAUAUAAAUAUAUAUUAUAUACAGAUUUUAAAAAGAGAUAAUGCCUAUGUACCCGGGAGAAGGAGCGGGACCUCCCGCCCCCUGUGCUGGCCGGAGCAGCGUUUUCCCUCAGUGGAGGGGCCGAGGAGGGCAGGGACCACCUCUCAGCACCGACCUCCCCUGAUCCUCCUCCUCCCAUCCUCUGUUCCUCACCCCUUCCCUUGCUGGCCAUUCUUGGCUCUUAGAAGGGAAAUGUCACUGAGCCAAAGUUAUGCCUGUGAAGACCCUUGGGGUCUUGAAAGAAGUCUCAAGGGGGCAUUGCUUAAGGUGCUUCAUCCCCCAAUCCCCUUUUGAUUUGUUUCCAAAAUAAACAAGAAUCUGUUCUUCCCUACCCUCACGUUUCCCCAGAUGUUCUCUUGGACACAGAAGCAUCAAGGGCAGGAGCCCAAUGUAAACUCUCCCAUAGGAGGCCAUUGAUAAUGGACCAUGCUAGGAGCCAGGUGGAGAGGACUGUGAAAAGCUAGCAAGGCUGCAUUUGUGGGAUUGUGCUUGGGAGCUGCAGGCUCCUGAGCGCCUGCAUUCUGAAGGGUUUUCUCCUCAAUCACCCCUGCACCUUGCUCUGACCUGUGUAGGGUGUGGACCUAAUAAGGGCUGGGAAUCUGUAAUUCUCCCACCCCCUUUCUCUCUGGUCUUCACUCAGGCUGGAUCUGGGUGAAGUGUCACUUUUUAGUGCCUAAAGUCCUAUUGUUUCUCUGUGCCCUAAGAGCACAUUGUUUAUUAGCCAGGGUGGAACAUUUUUUGACCUUGUUAAACCCCUUUUAGUGGUUAGAGACAAGUCGGGUCUGUGGCUCUAAUUCUUUCACUUUGAGCUGUGAGUUUGAUUUUUCUGGAUGAAACAGGGUGUCCUAGGCCCUCGAGGGUUUGAGAGAGAGAUCACCCUAGCAACCUAUGGAUUGCAGGGUCUGCCCUAGAAUACUGUGUGAGUAGGGAGCACCAGUAGCCAAGCCACUCAGUGAGUUAUGAACAUCAUUUACUCUUGGUAAAAACAAGCCUUAAUCAGUUGAGAUGACUAAGACACUGUGUGUGGUAGAACAUCUAGGCCAUGAGAGAGAAGGAUUUGGCAAGGGUGCAUUUGCUUGGGCAAGAAAUAGCUAGGCGUAUCUCGUCACUGCAAUCCUGAGAUUCUUGGGUUUGGGAGUGGGAUUUCUGGUGGGUUUGGGUGCAAAUCCUUCCCGGGUUCCUGGCCCCAGAGAGGUAACGAGGUCACUAUGGAGUAGAAAGAAGAUGGUAGUUAAGGAGCAUGAGCUAGCUAGCACCUUUUCAGAGUUGACCCACGAGGGCCCAUGCUUUCCUCUGGACUCAUGGGCCCUUUCUGGGCACGUUCCUCAUCCUUCAUACACUCACUUCUGUUUCUCCUUAUGAUGACCAGGGGAGUCCUGCCAGUCCUGGGCAUAGCUCAUGGAAAACUGGUCAUUUAAGAACAAUAGCCAGUUUGGCCAGAAGAGCUUCCAAGCUUGUUCCAUCUCUUGUUCCAAAAUUACAGAUUUUCUCUGUAAUUUAGCCCAAACAGAAAGUUAAAUCCCUUUCUUAGAAUGGCCUGAGCAUUUCAUUUUAGCCACUUAAAGAAUAGUUGUUGACCUUUCCAUCUGUCUAAGAAUAAGGCCUUGGUAUUUCCUCAAGAGCAGAAUGAGAAAGCCUGAGGAUACUUUCCCAGGUCAUCCUUUGAAGAAAGAGAAUGGAAAGGCUCUGGGUGGUCAGCCAGCAUUGAUAUUCCUCUUCUGGAAAAGUAGAGGUGAGGAAAACCAUCAGUGUAAGGAUGCAUAUGCCCAGAUGACAGCUGGUUACCCCUCAGUUCUUGUCCAGGACUUUCAGAGAAAGACAUUGGUGAGGGUCAGGGCCCUUGAGCCCUGAGCCAAUAAAUGAGGAAUGGUACAGAUGGAUAGAAAUUUUCCCCUUGGGGUAGCCAAAGCCAACAUUAUUCCCCAAAACUCUGGCAAACAGCAAUUGUAAAUUCUUAAAUUUAUUCCAUGCAUUAUUUAUAUUUAAGUUAUUUGACCACUAAAGAUGCCAUGGACACUUUAAGGUGACUUAAAGGGGGUUCAUCGCUGAGAGUAAAAUGACCAAAGCGUAUUUGACCAGAGAGUUCAUUGCUUUUGCUUUAACUCUCAGGAUCAAUCAGAGGAGGAGCAAGGAAGAGGGAAACAGGCUGUUUGAGGAACCCUCCUUUUUUUCUGGUGAUUUGAACCCAGGAAAAAAUUGUGCACACCAAGAGAACGUCCCCUAAGAGUCAUGGCUCUUUCAUGAACUCUUUGUUCUAACAUUGUUUUGGCUUUUAAAUCAGGGUUGGGGGAAAACUAUUCACUCCCCUGCAAAAUCUUUUCCUCCUUAGUCAAUAACUUGCAAAAGAAAAGUGAAUUCACCCUUGCGAUAAGUCUCGGAGUGAAACAAAUACAUAAAUACUUGGCAUUAAUUCCUGGCCAGUAGUGUGGUGAGUAGUUGUCUACAAGGGAGCAUCAAAGCCACCACUGAUUGUGUUAUUUCCUCCAGUCAGUGAUAUCUAUAUAUAUAAAUAUACAGAUACAACACAACUAUAGAUAAAGAUUUUUCCUUUUUUUGCCUGUUUCUCUUGACGUGAGAAUGCUGGGGUUACACAGAAGUCUUUCUGAGAGGAUUUCACUCAAUUCUAAAGAGUUGGCAGAGUUUCUCACCUGUUGAAGCACAGCUACAGGGUCUCAACUUCCACUCCAACUUACAGUGGAGGAAUUUGCCAGAUUGGCCUCAGAGAGGCCAGUCGUGUCUGCAACCUUCUCCCCCUUCCUGUGCUCCUCCCUGGGACAAGGGAACAAUAUCCAAGACUAGCAGGAUCCUCAACUUGACACUCUCAGCAGGAGAACUGGACUUGUUCUGUGUCAUUGGGCAAGUCGCCCCCUGCUGCUGAGCUUCAGUACCCUCCUGUAACAGGAGCCGGCAGGGCUAGAUUAUUCCUAAGGCAGGUUCUAGCUUUGGCUUUGACUUGGAGGUUAGGCCAGGGCCUGGAAAGGUGGGGCUUUUUCAGACUUGGAAGGUAGAGCUUCUCUGGUAUAUAGUAGUUAGUAGGGUGGUUUGUGGGUUUCCAAGAAACCCAGGGUAUUUAAACUUUUUUUUUUCUUAGGGGAUAAGAGGGCUAGGGAAACCCAGUGGCAGAGAGAGUAUUGCUCAGUAUUAACCUACGAGGGAGUUUCUUUAUUGGCCUAGUUUUAGUCUGAGAAGGGAACUUUCUUUGAACCCUCUCGAAGCUGGGAGGAGAAGGAUAAUGGUGAGAAGAGCACCAUCUUCAGCUGAGUUCAUCUGCCAUCUUUGGCACUUUGAAGCCUUUCAUCUCUAUACCCUUCCUCCUCAUGGACAGAGGAGUCAGUGGAGAAAAGCCAUUUCCUGUUCUAACUUUUCUCUUUGGCACAAACAAAUCCAUGUUGGGGUUGGUUGAAGUAUGAGGCUUGGCUAAAGGCUUGGGUUGUUUUGGGCACUGGCAAUAAGAACUUGGGAUUGCAAGGAGUGGGGUGGACCAAGAGACUUCAAGGAAAGCUAUCUCAGAAGUGGAUUAUUUCCAUGUCCCUGUCGCCCACUCCCACUUGGACUGUACAAAUUGCCUUUGCAAGCAGCGUUUCUAGGAUCAGAUCUUGGAGAAAUGAAUAAGGGAAGAAUAUUUCUGGAUUGCUUGCAGUCUCAGAAGGGUCCUUUCUGUGCCAUACCAUGACACUUUUGUAGCUCUGCAGGGCAUUCAAAGAUAGCCUGUUCCCACUAGGGCCCCCAGGAGAAAUAGCACUUUUCUCUCUUCUCCCAGGAGGCAGGGCUGUGGUCUCCCUCCCAAUACCCCUAGACCCCACCUGCCUACUCUAGUAGGAAUCUCAAGGAUGUUCUUCUGACUCUUUCCCUGCUCCUCCCAUCUCUAGGCUGUGGGACAAUCAUCCCAUUUACCCCUUGACAUUGACAUCCUCGACCCUCAUCCCCCAACCUCCAGCAGGCUGGCCCUACUCCCUUCCACCUCUGUCUUCUUCCAGAAGAUGCAUUUUGAGUCCAAGAGGAGUGUUUUUCUGGAAGGCCAUCAUUCAACGCCCCUGCUUCCCUGAUGUGGAGCAGGAAUUUGCACAUGGUGUAGAGAGCUCCCCCUCCCACCUCUCUGCCCAGCCUUGUUACCUCACUCCUGCUCCGGCCAUGGCUGUGAUGGGCCCAGCCAGCUCCCUGUCUUGGUGUUGUGUGUGACAGCUCAGGGGUCUUGUGACUCAAGGUCCUCAGCAGGCCUGGGAGCCCGGAUUGGAGCCUUGGCUGCUGGUGAGAAGCACCUUGCCUGCCAAGAUUUGCUGAUGCCAGACGAUCUCCCCAACAUUUGAAGGCCUAAAGGACAUUGCCAUCUCUGCCCCUUGGCCCUCCUUGCUUCUCUCAACACAAUAAGACAUUGCAGAAACAAAAUGGCGGCCUAUGCUUCAGGCACGACAGCAGGCUCUGUCUGGGGACUUGGCCCUGGGUUUGUGUGCCGUGUGCAGAGAUUGCACAGUAAAAGCAACCAUUUUUGCCAACAAGAAUGUGUGGCUCCCCACAUUCCCCUACCCUGCACUCUAGGGCCAGACCACUCUCUGCAUGGACCAGACCAUCUUCCCAAACCCAUGGUGCUUUUUUUCCCCCCACUCAACCUAGACUCCAAGGUGGGGAGGGAUGAAUCAGAGGCCUUAGUGGCCCCUGGAUAAUCCUGACAUGGGGUGGAGUGGGGUGAGGCAGUGGGAGCAGCCCCUAAUACUUGCACUGGGCCAUAUGUGGGAAGGCUUAUUGCAAUUGAGUUGUCUGGCCAUCUGUAUUUGGAUCUAUAACUGUACUUUGCCUGGCGCUGUGCGCAAGGUCUGAAAACUUACUGCUAGUACCUAGAACCAUACAAGGCUACCUAGCCAAAUAUUAAUGUAAAGUAGCUAGAGCCAUGGAAGUACAGUAUGAAUUAAAAGAAAAAAAAAAAGUAUUGAAUUCCAAAUAAUGAA